CCAGGGCAGGCCAGACCACAGCCUGGGUUUGGCGUUCAGGGAGUGGGGCCUUUUCUCUUGAGGCUAACUUUUAGUUUCCUCAUCUACAGCCUGGGCUGCUAUGGGAAACCUGCUUUGAGAUUUGCAAAUUCUCUGACCUCCGGCCCCAGGAUCACACUUCCAGGAUGAGAGCAGAGAGGGGAGGGGAGCAGCUUUAAAAUGCUGGUUCAUAGGGCUGUGGCCCUGGACCAAAGGGUUCACCAAUUCCAGGGGUGAGGCCCUGCAAUCUGCAUCUUAAAGACACCCCACCACACAGCUCCCCUGAGGUUUAGGAGCCUCUGGGCUGGGGGGUUGAGCAGGGAGCCUGUGAUUGUUGGAGAGAGGCCCCAUUUUACUUAUUCUGCAGAGGAGAAAACUGAGGGUCAGGGUGGCAAAUGAAUGUGCCCAGGUCACAGAGCCGGGCCUACUGGGAAGGAAGGAAAAAAAAAAGCUGGUGCUGCCUAUGGGAGGGCGUAGGGGAGCGUGUAGGUGGAGAAAGGAGUUGGAGGGCACGCCAUGCUGGCAUCUCCACACCUCUUCCAGCCCAGAAUCCCCCAUCUCCUCCCAGACUUCGUUUCAAGGGAAGCAGGCAGAGGGGGCUGGCUCCGAGCCUGCAUGCAGGACAGAACUACAAAGUCUGGCAAAUCCACCAGGAAGUCUUCCCUGGGGCCACAAGAGAAAUGCCGCCUCCUCCGAGAAGCCGCCCCUCCCAUCCCCUCCCUCCCUACAGGUGGCCUUUGCGUCUGACACUCAUCUCUGUGCAGGGUCGGUCCGGGGUUCUAGCAGCCCACGCGAGCCCUCCCGGCCCCGACCCCCUCCCCCGCACAGAAGAUGCCUGAGCAGAGCAACGACUACCGAGUGGUGGUGUUCGGGGCAGGCGGCGUGGGCAAGAGCUCGCUGGUGCUGCGCUUUGUCAAGGGCACGUUCCGGGACACCUACAUCCCCACCAUUGAGGACACCUACCGGCAGGUCAUCAGCUGUGACAAGAGCGUGUGCACGCUGCAGAUCACCGACACCACAGGCAGCCACCAGUUCCCAGCCAUGCAGCGGCUGUCCAUCUCCAAGGGCCACGCCUUCAUCUUGGUCUUCUCCGUCACCAGCAAGCAGUCGCUGGAGGAGCUGGGCCCCAUCUACAAGCUCAUUGUGCAGAUCAAGGGCAGCGUGGAGGACAUCCCGGUCAUGCUGGUGGGCAACAAGUGUGACGAGACGCAGCGGGAGGUGGACACCCGCGAGGCACAGGCCGUGGCCCAAGAGUGGAAGUGCGCCUUCAUGGAGACGUCGGCCAAGAUGAACUACAACGUCAAGGAGCUCUUCCAGGAGCUGCUCACGCUGGAGACACGCCGGAACAUGAGCCUCAACAUCGACGGCAAGCGCUCCAGCAAACAGAAGAGGACAGACCGCAUCAAGGGCAAAUGCAUCCUCAUGUGAGCCCAGCGCCCCGCGUAGGCGCCCCGCUGCCCUGGCCCAGGCCUCCCGGUGGUCCUCCUCCUCCCCGCUCCCUCUCAUCUCUCCCACUUCUCUUCCUUCCUCCAGCAUCUCUGGCGGGGAACCUGAGGCCCCAGUGAGCCCAUGGCAGACCUGGGACUCCAACCCGGCUCUGUCCCACGGCUCCGCCUUCCUCCCCACCAUCUUUGCUCCCCAUCCUGUCUGUACCCCCAAAGCCAAGUGCUGGAGGUGGCCCCCUUGAUCUGCACAUGGGAAAACGGGGAAGCUCCCUGUCCCCGUCAGAACUGAAGAUGCUGAUCAUGGUGUCUCCGAGGACCCUCCCCUCUGACCCCUUCCCUUGAGCACCCUGAGCCGGACCUGCACCCUGCCCCUCAUUAGAUCACUGUGACCUUGAUGGGGAGAAGGGAGUGGAAAUGCACAUGGACUUCAGACUUUGUUUUCUCCUAUUUGGUGUUUAACAUCCACCCCCUUCCAUCCCUUGUGGCCUCCGGCCUGUGCCUCCCCCUCCCAGGUUCCAGACCACCCCCUUCACCCUCAGUCUCCACAGCUUGGUGGGAUCCUUGUGGGCUGGGUCUCCGGCUGCCAGGCAAUAAUCGCAGGGCCCACAGCAGUGCUCCACCGGCCCGGAGUCCCACUCCUCACCCGGCCUGGGCCUGGGGGCAGGCAGGGGAGGCCCGGGACUGGCCGAUGGCCACAGCACAACUCCAGGGGACUGUCCGGAGCAAAUAUGGAGGAGCUUCCCAACCACAGCGUGCAGACAGAGACGGGUACAGCUUGUCAUCACUGAGCCGGGGCAGGGAUCCGAGGUGCUGGGGGUCGCUGGAGGCAGACCGUUGCCCGGCCUGCUUCCUCCCUCCUCUUGGGCCCCAGGGGGGACCGCCCAGGAAUGCGGGUGUCCUGGAGUCAGGAUGUGUCCACCACAGUGAGAUUCUAAGUGCUUCUGUGAGAGUGUCUAGAUGAUGCCACACCGGUGGGACCUGGGACAAGUAUGAAGGUGCCCUAUAGGCCUGGGUGGCAAUGUGACAGUGGUGGAGGGGGUCUGGGAUGACGUACUGGGCACCUCGGUGUGCUGGGCGGAUGGCUUGUGUCUAAGCUUGUGUGGGGGCUCCUGUGUGUGUGUGUGUUUGUGUGACAGUCAAUGUGUAGUGUAGGGUGAACAUAUGGGCAGGUCACGUGGUUGCCAACAAGACUGGACACUUGUGAUGUGUGAGCCUUUGCACCCGUGAGAAUACGACCGUGAGCAGCUGCAUUUUGGGGGGAGGGUGAUGUGAUUUAGCGGGGAUCCUCUGUAGGCUUGUUGGUCCUGCCUGUCUGAGGCACACCGCGCUGGCUUCACUCUGGAGCGAGGUGGCUCUCAGCUCACAGCCUGUAUGCACCAGCCGUUGCUAGGCGACACGCAACCACAAACUCAGCAGCUCGAAACAGCACACAUGUAUGCUCUCAGCACAAGGCAGUGAUCAGUACCGCCGAGCUGUGGUCUCAUCCGAAGGCCUGCCUGGGGAAGGAUCUGCAUCGCAGCUCACGUGCUUGUGGGCAGCAUUCAGUUGCCUGUGGUCUUAGGACGGGGGCUCAGCUGCCUGCCUUCUGGGCCUCUCCCUGGGGCUAUGGGCAGCACUGGUGUCCCUAGGUAUGAGGAAGCUAGAUGCGUGUGUGGUAGAGAGGCCACGGGGCUGUAGCCAGGUGACCACGUGCUUUAUGUAGGAAAGAGAGACUGUUUGUGUCCAUCUUGGUAGCAGUGUAUUUUCUCCCCUCUGUGUUUGUGGGGCUUUUCAUUCCUCAAAUAUUUACUGGACACACUGUGUGUAUAUGUGCACGUGCAUGCAUGUGUCCCCACCUGGCGUGUGGACAGGCCCUCAGAAGAACUGGUAGCAUCUUAUCUAAGCACAGCUGAGUACCUUUAUCCUGAUGGGUCCAGGACCCACCAGCAACUGGAGUUGGCCCCUCCCCACUGAAGGUGCCGGAGAAAGUGGGGCUGGGCAGGGACCAUUCUCAGGGACACACCCUGAUAGCACAAUCUCCCUGGGGCCCUGCCCACCUCCAGGCCUCUGCUGCCCUAGGCCCUGCCCCGACCCUGGGGGAGAGAGGGGUUCCGCAGCAGGAGAGGACCAGGGCCCGCCCCAGCUGUUGGCCCGUCCUGCCUCGGCAUCCCUGGGUCUGGUGGCUGUACCAGGCCAUGCUUGUGUGCCCCUGCCCUGCCCCUCCCCCUCGCAUGUGGGUGCCCCAACUCCCCAUUGUGCGGUCUGUGUAGCAUUCGCUCUAGAAAUAGUCUUCCUGCAAUAAAGACGUGGAUCCUGCCUCC